CCCUCAUGGGAGCCGGGGAUGUGAUUGCACAGCAGCUGGUGGAGCAGCGGGGGCUGCACGGGCACCACUGCCCCCGCACCCUGAAAAUGAUGGCCAUUGGCUUCUGCUUUGUGAGCUGGAGCAGGGCCAUGUAACCAGCCCUGGAGGCCCCCAGCCCUGACCCCUGUGAGCAGUGAGGACACAUGCUGCUCCUCACCCCCUGGCUCCUGCAGGGCCCUGUUGUGGGCAGCUGGUACAGGAUCCUGGACUGGCUCAUCCCAGGGAAUACAAAAGUUGUGGCCGUGAAGAAGGUGAUCCUGGACCAGGGCGGUUUCGCUCCGUGCUUCCUUGGCUGCUUCCUGGCUGUCACAGGGGCUGUGAACGGGCUCUCGGUGCAGGAGAACUGGUCCAAGAUCCAGCAGGACUACAUGGAUGCCCUGGUGACCAAUUACUAUCUGGCCGCCCGUGCAAAUUGCGAACUUCUACUUUGUGCCUCUGCAGCACAGGCUGGCUGUUGUCCAGUGUGUUGCCAUCGUCUGGAACUGCUACCUGUCCUGGAAGGCGAAUCGGAUGUGAGGCGGGAGCCGUGUCCUGUGGCAGUGCCCAGCCUGAGCCCUGGCAGUGGCAGCGUGGCGUGGGCAGGCUGGGACACGCAGGGUCCUGCAGCAGCCACCCCCCUCUUCCCCCAGGGGAGCACCAUUCCCCAUGGCCACAGCUGCCCCAGGGACAGGAUGGUGCCAGGGCACGCCCGGAUCUGUUCUAACUGGGCUGUGCAGCAGCUCUGCCCACGAUGAUCUUCUCCAUCUGUGCUCAGCCAUUUCCCAGCCCUGCACACAGGGUGCUCCUGCCCCGAGUGUCACUUGGACCUUCCCCAUGGCACAUGCUGAGGGAAAAGAGGAGUGGAAAUGGAGCAGGGCUAGCCCUGGGCUGGCUGUGCCACGGGCACAGAGCUGGGCGUGCUCCCCCUGAAAACAGGGUUUGCUGUGGCUCUGCUGUGGACAGUCAAAGCAUCAAUAAACUGUGGUCUUCA